UGCUAACAGUUUGCUUCGAAAUAGCUCCCUUGUUAUCACUGAAAAAUUCCUAUUAGCAAAUCUUCAAGGUUUUGUGUUAUAGUAGUUGUUAGCUUCGGGAAUGACGUUGCCGUGGAUGUCGCUGGUUUUGCUACGUUUGGAUGACGUGUAACUAAAUGUCACUUACAUACAGGAGGAACAUCCGACUGAUGCUUGGGAACAACAUAUUUCAUCUCUUGAUGUCACCAAUCAUCACAACUCAUUCUUAUAUUCAUUUGUUUAUUACUUGAAGACAUUCUCUUGACUUUCUGCACAGAGGUGUGUAUAGUGCAGCGGAAGUUGAAUUAUAAUCUGCAGAAUUUAUUUGUUGGCUGUCAGCUUCUUCUUCAGUGUCUGCCUGAGAGUGAAUAGCCAACAUGAAAACCAGAUCUAGUAGCAGAGGCAGAGGGGAAAGCUGUUCACUCAAGAGGACGAAUGAAUCAAGAGGGUGUGCAUCAGACAUCAGUCAAAGUGCACAGCAUGAUAAUACAAAUUCUAACAGAAGUUUUAUAGAAUUGACCAAAAACAGCAGGAAAAGAAGGCAUUCUGAUGUUACAUAUAGCAGUAAGAAGGCAGCGACUAACUACCAGGAGGAAUCCAAGCAUGUCAGUAAGGAGGACCAGCUUACAAAUGUUCUAAAUAAAACAGUGUCAGUGGUGCUAGAGCCAUUUGAUAUGGAGAAGCGUAGGAAGAAUGAAUCAAGAGGAUGUGCGUCAGACAUCAGUCAAAGUGCACAGCAUGAUAAUACAAAUUCUAACAGAAGUUUUAUAGAAUUGACCAAAAACAGCAGGAAAAGAAGGCAUUCUGAUGUUACAUGUAGCAGUAAGAAGGCAGCGACUAACUACCAGGAGGAAUCCAAGCAUGUCAGUAAGGAGGACCAGCUUGCAAAUGUUCUAAAUAAAACAGUGUCAGUGGUGCUAGAGCCAUUUGAUGUGGAGAAGCGUAGACAGGCUAAAGUUGCAAAUCGCAAUAAAAAAAAAUGCAUCAGUAAUUACUCUGUCAGAGAUGUCAAAAUAACUACUAAGAGUUCGAAUGGUUGCAGCACAAAAAAUCAAGAGAACUCGACAACAGGAAGCAUGGACUCCCGAAGCAGUGAAAGAUGUUUGCAGAAAUCUACUCAUCAUGACGGCAAAGAACUACAUAAUAGUGAUCAGAAGAAUGUAGCAUCGCUCAGCUUGAGUCAUAAUGAUGACCAGGGGUUGUUGGAGAGUUCGACCCAUCAGAGCAGAAGACAGUUGUGGGAUGCUUCCCACAAAAUGAGUUCAGAAUUUCGCCGAGAACGCCGUAAAAUAUAUAAGAAGCCAGUUUGUACAUGUUGUGUAGGAAAAGAUAACAACAGUGGAAAUGAAAUAAGAGUUUCAAGUGAUGGCUUGAAGGCAAAACAUAACAAACAUAUGGAGAAGAGCAUCAGAAAUAGUGAUGUAAAUAGAGCAGCCAGUAGUACCCAAAAAAGAAAAACUGUUGUGGGUGCUUCUCACAGCAAAGUAAAAGAUGCUGAUUAUCAGUAUGGAGGCAGACCACUAACUACAGAGCACAGCAGUACAAGCUCUGAAACUAUCACAACUCUCAAGAUGAUGAGUGAAGUAUUUAAAGAUGGCCAGUCAUCCAGAAACAGAGAGAUUAUUAACAGCCACAGUAGUAGGAGGUCAGUCACACCAACUUCAUGUUCUGUAGCCACAGCACCUUUGCAGAUGAGAGACAGUGCAGCUUCACAACCUGCACAUGCACUUACACAUUUAGAAAUGCACCCAAACUUGCGUCAACGGUCAGCAUCAGCGCCUCCUCAGUUACAGUUGGGUGACACUUUUCGAAAAACUGUUGAUGUGUUUGCACGUUUACUUCAGGAUGUGGCAGCGCAUCUGCAGAAAUGUGCUAAUAGAGUUGGUGAUACAUUAAGUGACCAUAAUUUUGAGCAUAUGGUAGCUGGCGUUUCUCACUUGGUGUCCAGCUGCACAUGCCAUUCACCCAUUGGGUGUUUGGUAUCCAGCAUUCGUUGUAUGAAUGCAUUAAAAAGAAGACUGUCUGCCGAAUUAAAUGUGAUUUCACUAUCCAAUGGUGAUGCAGUACAGCCAGCAGCAGCAGGCACGCAAUCAAAUGGGAAUUUAAUGGGAAGAUUCCAUCUAGAAGCAAGCAUCAAAGAGAAGACCAGUACAGAAGCCAGUGUAGAAGGAGGUAGUAUAUCUGAGUCUGCACCUCAGUGUGAUGCCACAACAUUAACAACGAAAUCCAGAAACAUAGUGUCAACUGCUGAGACCUGCAUAAGCACAUCACACAGCACUUCUCUCACUGAAGAGACAAACGACACACCAUCACCAGUAGGUAGCACUGAUAAUGCUUAUAUUGAAGCAAGUAUCAGAGAAACAGCCCAACUGGAAGCAAACACAAAAGAGAGUACCAGCACAAUAACAUGUAUAACAGAAGACAAUGUCUCAAAGUCAGUAUCAGAAUAUGGUGCAACGUCGCCAUCAGUUGAGCCCGUAAUCAUGGUGUCAGCUGCUGGGACAUUUACUAAUACUAGUUCUUCACCCACUGGAGGCCCAAAAGAAAUCCUGGACCUACAUGAAGUGGAUACUGUAGUUUCUGAUCAGAAUAAUGUAAAUGGCAGAGUGGAUGAUAGAACAGGGUGUGCCAGCUCCAAGAGUAAUUUAAUGUGUGGGGGUGCAGAACGAGUUCAAGAUGGUGAACGGAAUACUUUUGACUCCGUAUCUCUCUCUAUGGAAGAGAUUGAAAUAAAGGAAGAAGUUGAAACCUCAGAAAGUGACAGUGAAUUAGAGUUGUCUGAAAAACAGUACUCACAAAAUGAGGCAGAAUCUGAUGCAGGUAGUUGUGGUCCUGAAGGGGAUGAGACAGACAGAGAUGAAAAUAUGGUUGAGGUUGAGUGUAACAUUGUCGAGGCCUCAGAUCUAAGUAACCACACCGGAAAUGAAUCACAUAUGAAAGAUCUGAGAAUGGAGGCACAGCAUGAAUAUGACAAUAACAGCACAGAAAAUGAUGUUGCUGAGGAUGCUACUAGUAAUGGAGCGAAUACUGCUCCUGCUGUCAACAGGGGAGAUGAUACUGAUGCAGUCAACAAUACUGGAUACAGUGUAAGUGGGGAUGAUGAUGGUGAUGUGGAUUAUGGUGGCAACAGAAAUGAAGAUGAUGUUGAGGACACAAUUGAUGAACGGUAUGGUGGCCACAUUAAUGAAGACAAUGUUGGGGACGCUACUGCUGAACAAGUUGUUGCCCAAGGUAAUGAUGACGGUGUUGAGGACACCGACACUGAAGUCAUUGGUGGCCACAGUACUGAAGGCAGUGUUCGGGACACCAGUGCUAGUAAAUGCGGUGAUGGCCAUGGUACUGAAAAUGGUACUGGGGAUGCCAAUGCUGCUGGGGAUGAUGGGAACAGAAAAGAAGACAAUGUUGGGGACGCUACUGCUGAACAAGUUGUUGCCCGAGGUAAUGAUGACGGUGUUGAGGACACCGACACUGAAGUCAUUGGUGGCCACAGUACUGAAGGCAGUGUUCAGGACACCAGUGCUAGUAAAUGCGGUGAUGGCCAUGGUACUGAAGAUGGUACUGGGGAUGCCAAUGCUGCCGGGGAUGAUGGGAACAGAAAAGAAGCCAAUGUUGGAGAUGCCAGUGAACCUGAGUUAAUUGAUGGCUCUCAGUAUAAUGAUCGUUGGGAAUUUGUUGAACAGCCUUAUGAUGGUGGUUAUGCAGGACCUUACUAUGAAGAACUGUAUGACCCUGAUGUUGUGGCUGUCCAUGCUUUGGUAAGCACUCUGCGACAUUGGAAUGGUUUGCCAGAUGGCCGUUUUUCUAAGCAGAUGGAAAUUAGAAUAUAUGGCGGAGGCGUCUGGCGAGUUUAUCAGAUACCUAAUCGUUAAUGCUACUAGUAAUGCAGCCAAUAUUGCUCCGGCUGUCAACAGUGGAGAUGUUACUGAUGCAGUCAGCAAUACUGGAUAGAAUGUAAGUGAGGAUGGUGAUGGUGACAUGGAUUACAGUGGCAGCAGAAAUGUAGAUGGUGUUGGGGACAACACUGCUGAAGCUACUCAGGACCAUAGUAAUGAAAACAGUGUUGGGGAUGCUGGUGCCACCGAGGAGGGUGACAACAGAAAUGAAGACAACGUUGGAGAUGCCAGAAAGAAUACUGGUGCUAGGAAUAACACACAUGGCUCUUUGGUGGGCAGCAUUCUGGUGGUGGUUACACGCAAUGUGACCAUCGCCAAUUUCAGGACCCAACGUCGUGAUUGUCCAUGGACUGCAAAAGACUUGAUGCAUUGUAGAAAAUUGUGUCUAGCAAGUGUAUCAUAUACCAGGAUUUUAAAUGUUCCUACUUUUUAGUAAUAUUGAAUCAUAUACCAAAGACUUAGACUGAAAAAGAAUUCUAUGACAAUUUUAGAAUUGUAUAUGUCUUA